GGAGAGGGAGAGGGAGAGGGCUCCCAACAGGGGGGAGUUUCAUUUGCAGGCAGGACUGGCUGCAUGCCUCUCUCUCUCUCUCACAGUCCUUUCCAAAGAGCUGCAGCUUCACUUUCAUCCAGGAACAAGCUUCUUUCCUUGUGACCCAGAUACAGAUUCAGAGAGUACUUUCAGCAAGGUGGUGCCGAUAGGAAAAGCCUGCCUUUUUCGCGGUUAUGGCGUGUCUCCAAUGAGCACAUCUCUUUUGGGAGUCUGCUACAGGAAAUAUUGGAUGCUCUAAAGAGGAAGAUUGUUAAAGGCUUUGUGUAAAAUGGCAGGGAAAAAAGUACUGAUAAUUUAUGCACAUCAAGAGCCCAAGUCUCUGAAUGGAUCCUUAAAGAAUCUUGCCAUGGAAGAAUUGAGCAAACAGGGCUGCAGCGUCACCGUGUCUGAUCUGUACGCAAUGCAAUUUGAACCAAGAGCAACGAGAAAUGACAUCACUGGUUUCCUCCACAACUCAGAGCACUUUAAUUAUGGAGUGGAAUCGUGGGAAGCUUACAAGAGAAGAUGCUUGGCCAGUGAUUUGACUGAGGAACAGAGGAAGGUUCAAGAGGCUGAAUUGUUGAUUUUUCAGUUUCCCUUGUAUUGGUUCAGCAUGCCUGCAAUCAUGAAGGGCUGGGUGGACAGAGUCUUGGUCCAAGGAUUUGCUUACAACUUCCCACAGUAUUACGAUAAUGGCUUGCUCAAGGAUAAACUAGCCCUUCUUUCAUUUACCACUGGAGGAGAUGAAGAGAUGUUUUCAAAGGGAGGGGUCAGUGGUGACAUUCGCUAUCUCUUGUGGCCCAUGCAGAUCCAGGAGGAUUAUAUUUUUGUAAACCCUAAACUCUUGGAGGCUACAAACAUGUCACUGGAAGAUAUUCAUAUGAACACACAGGACUUGCUGCAAAAGGAAGAACUAGAUGCUGGAGGAUUUGGAAUGGUUUCUUUAUGUUAUCACAAGAAAUAUGGGCUUGUGGUAUUAAAAACAGUGUACACGGGACCCCAGCGCAUGGAAUAUAAUGCUUCCCUUCUUGAAGAAGGCAGGAUUAUGCGCAAACUAAGUCACGAUCGUGUGGUGAAAUUACUAGGCAUCAUUCUGGAAGAUGGGAACUACUCUCUGGUGAUGGAGUAUGUGCACAAGGGAAACUUGAUGAAAGUACUAAAAACAUCCACUAUUCCCUUGUCCGUGAAAGGGCGGUUUAUCCUAGAGAUCAUUGAAGGAAUGCUUUAUUUAAACGAGCAGGGAUUGGUACACAAAGACCUGAAGCCAGAAAACAUCCUGGUAGAUGAUGACUUUCACAUUAAGAUUGCAGAUCUGGGAGUUGCCUGCUUUAAAAGCUGGAGUAGACUGACCAAAGAAGAGACCAGUCGGCAGAGGAAAAUCAAAAGCGCUUCCAAGAGCACAUCCAGGGGCACUGCUGGCACUCUUUUCUAUAUGGCCCCGGAGCACUUACUCUCCGUUAACACAAAACCCGUGGAGAAGUCAGAUGUUUACAGUUUUGGCAUAGUUCUCUGGGCAAUUUUUGCCAACAAAGAGCCAUAUGAAAAUGCUAUAAAUGAAACACACAUUUGUUUUGGCAUCAUGAAUGGGGACAGGCCGAAUACAGAAGAAAUUAAAAACACAUGUCCAAAGGAAAUUAUCGACCUAAUGCAGCAGUGUUGGCAGCAAGAGCCAAAGAAUCGGCCAACUUUUGCAGAAAUUAGUCAGACAUACAAGCCAUUUUACCAUGAGCAAAUGGAAAAAAUUGUUGAAGAUGAUGUGAGAAAGAUAAAAAAAGUGUACCCUGGGCCAUCUGAACUUGUGAAAAGGAUGCAGUCUCUUCAGAUAGACUCUGUCGCAGAACCUCCAAAUGAUGAACAUGCACAAACAGAUCAGCCCAAUUCCCUACAUAGCUCACCGAGUCUCAUGACUGGCAAUGUGGAUGAAGCCUUGUUUGCUCCUUAUCCGGAGAACCAGCCUGUUGAGAGCUGUGAGAUCGCCUUUGAGGCCUCUCUGAACCUAGAAAGAAAACUACAGGAUGAAUUAAAUUAUCAUAAUUAUGGCAGCCGGGGGGAUAAUUCAGAAAGCCAGCCUCUGGUAUACAGUGCUGAAAAGACAGAGGAGGAAAGAAGACGAAGGGUGUCCUUUGAUCCAUUUGCAAAGCCAUUUGCUGCUCCACAGACGAAUGAAUCAUAUCUGAAAGCUGCAAAUACAGGCUCAAAAGCCAGUCCCUAUAGUAACAUGACCAAUUACAAGCAUUUACAACAACCGCCACUACCAACACCAACACCAUCCAGUGCAGCAACUCCAAUAUGGGAACAACAACCAUACAAUCCAAAUGUGUUUGUGGCAAGGUCUGCAGAUCUGAUAACAGGAUGUACAGAGGAUCUGUAUGGAUCAAGUUCAGCCAAUACAUUUAGUCUGAAUAAACCUCCUGUGCCUGAAUCUGGCCUACACCAGCAGCCAGAAGCAUUCACAUCUUGGUUUCCAAAGAGCCUAAAUACAGAGCCAGGCAAAAUGGAAUCCAAUCCUUUUAAGAAGGGGAAUUUUGCAUACAGUUCUACUAUACCUGUACAUCACAGAAUAAACACAGAUGAGAAUACAAAAUUCACCAUAUAUAACAGUAGCGGAAUUCAAAUUGGAGCCCACAACCACAUGGAAAUUGAAAAACAGAAUUUAUACAUAAGCAGUGUUCCGGUCGACACGCAAAACUCUUAUGAAUAUUAUGACAGCACGGGUAUAUUUGAUAGCACCUCUAUCCUCUCUGAAAGUAAUCUGAAUUUAGUGAGAGAAAAUUUGGCUAAACAGUGGAAACAUUGUGCUCGUAAACUGGGAUUCACUGAACCACAGAUUGAUGAAAUUGACCAUGACUACGAAAGAGAUGGACUCAAAGAAAAAGUUUACCAAAUGCUGCAGAAAUGGGUUAUGAGUGAAGGUUACAAAGGGCCUACCGUAGGAAAGCUGGCCAAAGCCCUCCAUGGCUGUAAGAGAAUAGAUCUCCUUAACGAUUUGAUAAAAAUGAACCAGGAGUAGAGGGUAUGGAAACUAGGUGGAAAUGACUGAGAUUUUUAUUUGAAGAUCCUCUUACUAAGAACACAAAAUAGUUUUGUAGACAUGCUGCAUGAAAGACACAUGUCUAGAACAUGCACAUAUUUCUGUCAAGAAGUAUAUACAGAUAUCCUGUAGCUCAAAAUAUUAAAUUUUUGAAAAGACAUAACCAUGUUGAAAAUCCUCUCUUCAGAGAAGGAGAAAAAGCACUUCCUUUUACAAUAAAGAUAAUAGUUUUAUCUAAUAAACUUUGUGCAAGGACAAAAAAGCAAACAAAAUCUGAAUUGUGUAUGUCGUGAGAAGUAACAUGGAAGGGACGGCACUGUCAAUUGGAAGGGGGAAGAAUUUGGAUCUAAAGAACCUUCGAAGUACUACCUCAAAGCAUACCACUAGCUGUGUUUAAAGUGACUUAAUUACUGCCUAAAAGAAGUAUGGCAGCUAUGUAAAUCUCAUAUCGGUGAACAUGUAUCAUGAAUUUUCUCACACCGCAUUUAAGGUUUGGACUGAAAACAAAACCAAACUCAGCUCUUCUAAGCACAGCCAAUAUCCCCAGGAGAUCAUCAUAGCUCACAGUGCCUUAUUUUAUUAAAUGUUCUUUUUAUAACUUUAAAAAAAAUAAAUUAUAUAAUGAAAAUACAGAAGUUUAAAAAUAAUACAAAGUACUGGUGUAAGAGAAAUAGUGAUUAUCAGGUAUGGAAAAACUGUAAAUUGACAUUAAAAGAAUUGACUUCUUUA